UCAGUAGUUGAGGUUAUGUUAUAUUUGCAUUCGUAAACAAACAUUAUGAUAAAGUGUUUUUAUUAACAAUGUGAUCAGCAUGUACGCAAAUUUAAUUGGGCUCAUAUUGCUAUGUUGUGCUUACGAAGUUAGUAAUGUUGAAGUAAACUGUAACAACCUUCGUAUGGGCCAAUAUCUGUGCCCCGAUCCGAACUACAAUCACAUAGAUUCGAGAACUCAGCAAUUAGCGGGUUGUAAUAAAGAUACUGGAAAAGCAAAAGUAUGGUGCAUUGCAGUCGAAGGCAUUACAUGUAUGGAAACCAAGAAUACUUCAUUUACGAGGGAAAUGAGUUGUAUCUGGACGAACGGGUAUUCAUUUGAAACAGCUUUAUUAUUAUCGGUUUUCUUGGGAAUGUUUGGUGCCGACCGUUUUUACUUAGGGUAUCCUGCGAUAGGUGUGGCAAAGUUUUGCACUUUGGGGUUUAUGUUUUUAGGGCAAUUAAUUGAUAUUAUACUUAUUGCUACUCAAACACUUGGUCCUGCAGAUGGAUCUUCUUAUGUAAUACCAUACUAUGGACCAGGGAUUAAUACAAUAACUAGUAACAAUUCGACUUAUAGAUUAAGGAAGGAUGACUGGUGAAUUGUACAAAAUCUUUACAAACAUUUUUUACUUAAAUAAAUAUGCAACAACCUUAAAA